UCUUGUUUGUCUGUUUGUCUUGUCUCUGAAACUGACAACAAAAUAAGCCUUUUUCUGUGCUGACAACUAUAGACAAAACAGCUGAUGCUAUUAGUGUUUAAUGUUUACCUUUAAAUUUGGAAAAUAUUAAAUUUUCAGAGACAAGGCUUGCUUUCCAUGUGACAUUUUAGUGCAAGAAGAAGAGAGGUUUUGUUUUAGAAUUUCAACCAAUUUUAGUUAAAGAGGUAAAGCUUGAUCGAAACUAGAAAAAUGACGAGUUUAUUUGAUCAGCUUGAGCAAGUUUCACUGAGAACUAAAGGAUCAUCAGAUUUGUCAAGUCUUGGGGUAAUGGACGUGCUUUUGGAUGAAGAGCCUGCAAUUUUUACGAAAUCUAAAAAGGAUUUUACACCUUUAGAUAAAGUAACACAUGUUGUUAUUGCCAAUAAGUUUAUGGUUCUGGCAAUGGCAAACAAUGUUCUGUUUAGAAUGAACUUGCAUAGUCCUUCAGAAAGAAAUGAAAUCUCAUUGAAUAAAUACACUCAAGGAAAGCUUACCAAUCUCUUUCUAGACCCAACAGGAAAUCAUUUAUUCUUAACGUUCGCCUCUAAGUCUAAGUCCACAGAAAUGCCAGAGUUGAUGUACUUAUCAAGAAAAUCUGAUAAAAUUAAGACUAGUGGCAAGUUUAGGGGUAACGAGUUUACUGCAAUUGGGUGGAAUAACAUGAACGAGUCUGAUAGCACUACAGGCCCUAUUUUACUUGGCACAUCAAAAGGGCUAAUUUUUGAAACCGAAAUAUCACUUGAAGGAGACAAAUUCUUUGCACCUAGUUUGGAGCAAUAUUGGAGACAACUUCCUAAUUAUCUACCCUUGUAUGGUAACAAGGAAGUCGACGGAUUGGUAUUCGAUAUUGGAAAAAACAGCAACACUCCAGUAACCACUUUGGAAUAUUUUCAAGUGCCUGGUACUAAUAAGUACAUGAUAUUUGCGGCCACGCCCUCAAGAUUAUAUUACUUUUAUGGAUCCGCUGAAAUGGAAGAAAAACCGGUUCUUCAACAGGUGUUUCAGAAAUAUCUGAAUGUUCCCGAAACUGAUAUAUUUCUGGCAUCUGAAAGCAGGUUGGGCUAUUCGCGGUUACAAUUCUGGUCUGAAAACUUAAUAACUCCAAAUCAAUUUGCAUGGGUAACGGAAAAGGGAAUUUACUUCGGCCAGAUCGAUGAUUUAAAAGACAACCGAAUUGCCACUGUAAAGGACAAGGUUUCUCUUCUACCUUAUCCCAAGCCUUUAUACGAAGACUAUUCCCAAUCGCCAAAGUACCCAAUUGCUAUUGCUUUAACAGAAUUUCACAUUUUACUUGCCUAUACUGAUAGUAUUAAAGGAAUGUGUUUACUCAGCAAAGAAGUUGUAUAUGAAGAUCAAUAUAAUGAAGCCUUUGGAAAAUUGGUCAGUGUUAUAAGAGAUUCUAGAACAGGAGAUAUAUGGGCGUUAUCAGAAAACGCAAUGUUUCGUUUUAAAGUGCACCGUGAAGAACGCAAUAUUUGGCAAAUUUUCUGUGCCAAUAACCAAUUUGAUCUAGCGAAAAAAUAUUCUAGAGGAAAUGAAGUUUGUUAUAAUCAGGUUCUACUAAAGGAAGCUGACAUGUUGUUUGAACAAAAGGAGUACAUUUUGAGUGCCCAAAGAUUUGCAGAAGCGCAAUCAUCUUUUGAAGAAAUAUGUCUAAAGUUUCUGAAAGUGGACGAACCAGAUUCCUUAAAGAUUUUUCUACGAAAUAAACUGAGUGCUUUGGAUCCAAAACAAAAAACUCAAAUUACCAUGUUAGUGGUCUGGGUGGUGGAGCUUUAUUUGACAAAAUUAGAAGAAAUUCGGUUACAAGGCCUGGAAAAAUCCGCCAGUUAUGACGAGGUUCAAAAACAGUUUGAAACUUUUAUCGCACUUCAAGAAGUUGCUGAUUGUAUUCGUAGCAACAAGUCCACCAUUUACGAAUUGAUGGAGAGUCACGGAGAUAAGGGCAAUCUCAUCAAGUUAACUAUCGUAAGCAAGGAUUUUGAGCGACUGAUUCGCCAUCAUAUUUUCAAAAACAACUUCCGCGAUGCUUUAGAGGUAUUAAAGAGUCAAAACAACUUUGAGCUCUACUAUCAAUUUGCCCCAGUUUUAAUGCAAGAAGUGCCGAAACCUUUGGUUAACACUCUCAUAGAUCAGGGCAAGAAAUUGGGCCCUCUUCGGCUAUUACCUGCUUUGGUAUCUUGUAAUGGAGAAUUGCAUUCUUUAGAAGUCAUCAGGUAUCUAGAGUUUUGUAUCGUUAAAUUGAAAAAUGCCGACAAGGCUAUACACAAUUUAUUAGUCUCAUUAUAUGCUAAAUACGACUCAAAGAAACUUAUGGAAUACCUCAAUUCACAGGGUCAAGAAGUGAGCUUGAUCAAUUACGACGUAUAUUUCGCUUUACGACUCUGUGCGGAGCAACAGCAAAAUGAAGCCUGUGUAAAACUUUACGCUUUACUAAACCUGUGGGAAUCGGCUGUGGAUUUGGCUCUUAAGGUAAAUUUGGAAUUGGCAAAAACUAUGGCUGACAUGUCUCCGGAGAAUGACCUGGAAUUAAAAAAGAAACUGUGGCUUAAAAUAGCUCAACAUGUCGUUAGCGAGAAGAACGAUAUUCAGGAAGCUAUGAAAUACCUAAGCGAUCUAAUCAAAAUCGAAGAUAUACUGCCGUUCUUUUCCGACUUCUUAACUAUUGACCAUUUUAAAGACGCAAUUUGUAAUUCACUUAGAGAAUAUAAUCAGAAGAUUCAGGCUUUGAAGGAAGAAAUGGAAGAAGCAACCAAUUCCGCAGAGCAAGUGCGGAAUGAAAUUCAUUCGUUUCGUAAUUGUUUUACAUAUAUAAACAGUGCAGAUAAAUGCGAAGUUUGCAAUAUGAUUCUAAUGGUGAGACCAUUUUAUUUUUUUCCCUGCAACCAUAUGUUUCAUUCGGACUGUUUAUUGGCUGAACUAGAGCCCUGUCUUGGAAUGACUAAGAGAAAUCGACUUUCCGAUUUAGAAAAACAAUUGGAAUCUUUAAAUACUCAAUCGAACUCUGAUAACAACAGCACGGGCUUAUCAGGGAUGACAAGGCGUGAUCAAGUAAAAGCAGAAAUCGAUAAUAUUAUCGCUUCAGAGUGUUUGUAUUGUGGAGAAAAUAUGAUACGAAAUGUCGACAAACCCUUCAUAGAAGAUUUUGAAUAUGAAUCUAUCACCAGGGAGUGGCAAUAACUUUAUAUCCUGUGUAAUUUUACUACAUAUAUAGAUAAUUAUUUACUACGCUUAUUAUUUAUACUCACUUAAAAAAUAUAUUAAUUUACAGUAGGCUUAAA